UUUGCUGAAUGAGUGUGUCGCAGAAAAGUGAGGAUGCUCGAGGUGAAACAUGGCAGUGCGAAGGUUUCCUCUGCUUGUCGCUGUCAUGCACGGUGCAAGAAGCCAGUAGCGGCGCGACUUACCGUAUUGAAGGCAUAGCGACAACUGAUUGGCGGGGCAGAGAAGAGCGUUCAGCGCCCAAAAUGACACGCCCUAAGAAGGGUAACGAGGCUUCACUUCCAAUGGAGAUGUGCUCCAACUCGUCCUCUGACUACGGCUUCCAAAUGUUUGAUGCUGAUGAAAUUCGUCGUCUUGGGAAGCGAUUCCGAAAGCUGGAUUUGGACAACUCUGGGUCUCUUUCAGUUGAAGAAUUUAUGUCCCUUCCAGAACUGCAGCAGAACCCUUUAGUGCAGCGUGUAAUUGAUAUAUUUGACGCAGAUGGUAAUGGAGAAGUAGACUUCAAAGAGUUCAUCCAAGGAAUGUCACAAUUUAGUGUCAAAGGUGAUAAAGAGAGCAAGAUGCGCUUUGCCUUCCGCAUUUAUGACAUGGACAAUGAUGGAUAUAUCUCAAAUGGUGAACUUUUUCAGGUGUUGAAGAUGAUGGUUGGAAACAAUUUAAAGGACACUCAAUUGCAACAGAUUGUUGACAAGACUAUUCUCUUUGCAGACAAAGACGAGGAUGGAAAAAUUAGUUUUGAUGAAUUCUGUUCAGUAGUAGGCAAUACAGAUGUUCACAAAAAAAUGGUUGUUGAUGUAUAAACCUACAAACAAAUAUCUGAUUGUUGAUAGUGUCACUGGUCUAAGGUGCAAUGUAAGUUAUUGCUGGUCUAAAUCAUAAUGAAAUAUUUAUUUUACUUUAUUUUUGUCUCACCAGUAUUAUGUACAAUCAGCCUACAUUAUUAUGAAACAUUAAUUUUUCAUACACACAAUAGAAAUAUUAUUCAUCUAACCUCAUUAUUAGCUUGUGAUACCGUACCUAUUCAGUUUAAAUUAGUACACCGCUGUUUUUUUAAAUUGGCAGCUUGUAAUACCGGGCAUAAUUGGCAGGUAUGGCCAAAAAAAUAACAGCUACCAAUUCUUGAGCAGUCUUAAGGCUUGCCUUUAAUGUAAAAAUCUCAUUGGCAAAAAAAAAAAAAAAAAAAAAAGUAUUGUGACCAGUUACAUUGGCUUACCUCCAUCACAUGAGAGUUUCUAUUCCCUCUGAAGUGAAGCAUCUCAAAAUGUUUGUCAAUGUGCUACAUAUCCCAGCCCUAUAAGCAACCUGCACACAAGUGUGUGUUAUGAAAUAGAUCAGCUUCUUGGUAUGUUUCAUCCUAUAAAAUUACUAUGCCAAUGCAUUAUAAGAUGUGCAGGAGCAAAAUUUUAAUUGCUCUGUGCAGCACUAACAAAGAUGCAAGUUCUUAUUAAGGUGGCAUAAUAUGAUUCUGAUUUGAACCUUUAGCAUUCAUAGUUAGAAAAUACAGUAACUGCUUAUUGUACUUUUUUACUUGAGCAGCAUUUUUUUCUCCUUCCCAUCAUAAUUACUUUAAACGAUUGUCCUGCUUGGACUUUUCUUUGUAGAAAAGUGCUGAUGUGAGCAGCUGCAUCACACUCGGCAAAGUCUGAAUCUGAGAAUAUGGCACGAAACUAAAAUACACUUAGAGGAUGUGAUUUUAAUAAUAUCACCAUGUGAAUGUGAAAUCAUGUAUAGAGUCCAGGUUUUGUAUGCAUGUCAGUGCCCUUUUUUUUUUUUUUUUUUUUGUGUGUGUGUGUGUGUGUGUGUGUGUGUGUGUGUGUGUGUGUUGCGUACAUACAUGGAUGUUUGCAUUACUGCAAAGAGAUACUGGUAUCUUACAUUUUAUGAGAAGUAGAAGCCAGAAUGGUAUUUGAAAUUUGUUUGUAAUUAAGUCUUCAAUUUUGUUAUGAUUAAACUUUUAAUGUUUAAAUAACUAAAACCAAGUAUCUUAUCACAUCACACCUUACUUAUAAAGCACAGUGCAUAUUUAUUUUAUGAAUUAAAGUUGAUCCCUCUAUGAUGUCAAGAUUAUUAAAUAUCUAAAGUUAUAUCUAUAUAUAUAUUUAUCUAUCCAUCUACCUGUCUUUAUCUCUCUCUAUAUAUCUAUAUCUAUCUACUUUAUAUAUAUAUAUAUAUAUAUAUAUAUAUAUAUAUAUAUAUAUAUAUAUAUAUAUAUAUAUAUAUAUAUAUAUAUAUAUAUAUAUAUAUAUCACACACACAAGCAAUUUUGGAACUUAUCUUUAUGCUUGUAAUAUCUGACAAGAUAAUUUGUAAUAAAUACAAGGUUCCAAAGGUUCAUUCCAUAUAACAAUACCUAGAAAUAAUUCUUAAGCAUUGUUACAUUAGCCAUCAAUUUAGGACUACAAGUUUAACAUGAUGCUAAGAAUUUUCUUUAAAUUGAUGACUUGAAUAAGGUUGCUAUAUACCACAAGACUAUCAUGCAUAUCUUGAAAAUUAUGAUCUAAAAAAGUAAGCAUGUCAAGGUAUUAAUAUUUUUCUUUCAUUUUCACACUUUUUACUUAUUUUUAGUUAUACUGUUAUUAUUAUUAUGUUUAUUAUGUUUAUUAUGUUCAUUAUUAUGUUUAUUAUUAUUAUCAUUAUUUUGAUUGUUAUUGUAAUUUUCAUGUAUAAUAAAGCAUGCAUUUUAAAGUAAAAGGCAGUAAGCAAUGCAUUGUUCCAUGUGCAAUACCUAGCAACUGGUUGGCCAGAGCACGGUCUUAACCAGUGCAUAGAUUACUAGUCAAGAUAUACAUACUCAUUUUUUUUAUUUAUUUAUUUAUUUAUUUUUUAUUUUUUUAUUUUUAUUUUUUUAUCCAUAUUGCUGUCAUCUGGUCUAAUGUAUUCACUUCAUUAAAAAUAAAUAUCAGACCAUGAGAGGUCUUGCAUUAGACCAAGUGCUCUAGAAGUUUGUAUAAUACUUGAUGUGAUAGAAUUUGUCAAGGCUAGAUAGUUACUAUUUAUAUUCUGAUGUAUUUAUGAUGAAAGGAUGAAGUUGUUAGUAUUUAUACUUAAAAUAAAUGUAUUCAUGACCUGAAGGGUAUAGCAUUUGUAGUUAAAUGUGAAUUUCACAACCAAAUGUUUUUUCUUCAUUGUACACAGAUGCCAUUUUUUUCAUAUAUGGUAGGAUUAUACAUAUUUUUUACUCUUGGUCUUAUAUUGGCAUGGCUAUUGGCUGUUCUAUCAAAAAUACAGAUGCACCUAAUAUUCAGCAGUUAUAAUAUGAGAAAUGGCAUGGUCAUAUUUCUAUCAAUAAAGAUUUGGGAAUACUUUAUUAUGUAAAAUUUUCAAUGGAAGAUUCUUUUGCUUACACUUGUGCACACACACACACACACACACACACACACACACACACACACACACACUCUUAAUACAAAUUUAUAAAUUAUUGAGCAAAAUGGAAGUAGAUAAUGAGGAGGACACAGUAAAAAAUUGAGGAAAGGAAGAUGCUUGAGAGACACAAAGAAAUAUAGCUUCCCGCAAAGAAAUAUAGAGGUUUGGAACAGACUAAAUGAGAAUGUAGUAUUGGCGGAGAGUGCAAAGCUUUAAGGAAAAGUUGGACAAAUACAGAUACGGAGACAGGACCACAUGAGCAUAAGCCCAGGCCUUGUAAAACUACAACUAGGUAAACAUACACACACAUGCACACACACACACACACACACACACACACACACACACACACACACACACACACACACACACACACACACACUACGGACCUCCAUAGUACAGUGGGUAUGCACUCGCCUCAUAACUGAAAGGUCCCGGGUUUGAUUCCCAGGUGGAAUGGAGACAGAUGGGCAGUCUCUUCUAAUCCAUGGCCCUUGUCCACCCAGCAGUGAAUGAGAACUGUGUGUGGGUGUGAGGUUUCAGCCAUUUCCAGAGAUCCAUCACUUCUGAGCUCCCAUUUCAGUCAGGGAGGGUACUGGCUGGCAAUAGUGAGCAUUGUGUGAUUAGACUAUGGUAAAUUUUACACACGCACACACACACACAUUGCUCUGUGGUGCAAUGGAUACUGACCUGGCUUGUCGUCUGGCAGGCUGAAGUUUGCGCCUCGCUCAGGCCAUUAAAGUUUUUUUGCUGACGGGAUUGGUUACUAUCCAGUAUCCACCCUUGAUCAAGGCAAGGGAGAUGUGAUGUGUGGUGUAUAAGCUUCCAGCCAUGCCCAUAGUUUAAUCACUAUGAGCCUCAAGCUCUUUCCAGGAGGAUACUAGCUGGCGAUCAUGAGUCCAGCUUGUGAUAAAACAGUGAGUGGAAUGUACACAUACCAUACAUGGAUGAGAUGAUGAGGAAAUUAAUAGAAGUCCCUGAUCCAACCCAGGUUGGAAUAUGCAGCAGUAGUGGUCCCCACAUAGAAAUAAAGAUAUGUAGAGCUAGAGAAUUUGAAGGGCAGCAACCAAAAUGGUCCCCAGUCUGACAGUCUUAUUGUACAUAGAAAGACUGCGAAAAUUGGGGCUGCCAUCAUUAUAAAAAAGGAGAACAACAUGACAUGAUUGCAGUGUUCAGGGUAAUUAAGGAAGUAGACAGAAUUGAUGAGAUGUUUGUAUGGGACAUGGAAGCAACUAGAGCAGUAAUUACCAACAAGUGAUCCAUGGACCCCAUGAGGUCCAUGGAAGAAUUUCAAGGGGUCCACAGUCUGCUGAACGGAAUGUCUUCUGCUUUCAUAUAAAUAUGUCUACAGCUUAAUCAGCAUAACAAUGCAAAGCAUUUUACAUGAAUGUAUUCAUUUUUUGCAGAAAAAUCUUAUAUUAAUUUUGCUGGCUUAAGCUAUUUUUUUGUUGGGGUUCACUGGUGAAAAAGUGACUGGAAAAGGGGGAACAGGACAAAAAAGGUUGGGAACCUCUGAAUUAGAGGACACAAAAGGAAAUUAAAAAAUACAAAAUGCAUCAAAGAUAUCUAGAAAUACAUUUUUUCCAGUGCAGUAAACAAUGGAACAGCCUGGACAAAGAGGUUCAAUCCAAACCCUUGCAUGAGCCCAAAGCUAAAUUUGCUCAGGUCACUUCUAUUUUACAACUUUGUAAAUACACACACACACACACACACACACACACACACACACACACACACACACAUAUACAUGAUAUAUGUGUAUUUACCUAUUUGUAGUGUGUGUGUGUGUGUGUGUAAUUCACCUCUCGGUCUGCUGUGGGUCUCUCUCGAGACAGCCAGCCAUUCCCCUACGGAAGAGCACAGAGCUCAUAGUACCGAUCUUUGGGUAGGACUGAGACCACUCACACACAACACACCAUGACAACGAGGUCACAACUCCUUGCCUUACGUCGCGUACCUACUCACUGCCGGGUGAACAGGGGCUACACGUGAAAGAAGAUAAACCCAACUUAUCUUUACCCGGCCGGGGAAUCAAACCCCAGUCCUUUGUUACUUGAACACCACAUGUCCUGCCCUAAAUUUUUUAGCUACUUCAGGAUGCCUGACAAAACAUUUAAUGUUCUGAUUACUAUAAAUGGACUUAUAAUAUUACAUCGGAACACAAACAUGAGGAAAUGUUUGCCAACAGAAGAAAGGCUAGCACUAACUUUGAGGUUAUAAUUAAAACUUCACAGUCAGUCAUCACUAGAAACCAUCAUGACAGAAACAGUGUCUGAUGCCUCUUCCAAUCAGUCACCAAAGGAGUGAGAUGCCAGUGACUUGCCCAUAAAAAGAAUCUUGUGUGUGCUCAGAUUUGAAAUGGAAGUUUCCAUCGCCAGCCACUGUGGUGUGACCGAGAAAAUGGACUUGGGAACCACUUUGUAGCCCCUCAUUUGGUGGCAUCCUCAAAUAGUGGCUCAUGCACUUUCUUCUGUAUAAAUUUGUGUUGCUUUGGCCAUAAAUUGUUAAAUUAC